CAAAUAUUUACUGAAAAACUAUUUUGCAUGAUUUGCUACAUCAUAUACCAAAAAGUGAUAUUGUGAUCAACUCUAAUAACAGCAAAUAUGGACAACAGCAACCAGCCUUCACAUGAAGAAGCUCCAGCUCGCUCCUUUGUCCUCAGAGCUGUUGGGCUUUUCUCUGGGGACAUGCGUCUGUGCGGAGAGUGGGUGAAAAGACAGGCUGUGGUAAUCCAGCUGCUGGACUGGAUUUUUCGAGGGGUGGCUCAGGUCAUGUUUGUCAACAACCCUCUCAGUGGGCUCCUCAUCAUGGCCGGCCUCUUCCUGCAGAACCCUUGGUGGGCUCUGAAUGGUCUGCUGGGUACCCUUGUCUCCACUGUGUCUGCCAUCAUACUGGGACAAAACAGGGAAGCCAUAUCAGCGGGUUUAUAUGGCUACAAUGGGACCUUGGUUGGCAUACUCAUGGCUGUUUUCUCUGCCAAAGGAAACUGGUACUGGUGGCUUUUACUGCCAAAUGUGUUCAUGUCCAUGUUGUGCCCAGUGCUCCACAGUGCUUUGUCUUCAGUUGCCAGCAAAUGGGACCUCCCAGUAUUCACCCUGCCCUUUAACAUUUUGGUAUGUCUGCACGUUGCAGCUACAGGAACCAAUCACCCUUAUUUUCCAGAGGUGGAUAUCCAGCCAAAUAACUAUCUGCAUCCUCCUAAUGACUCCAUCGAAAGCCUCAAAAUCUCUCAGCUCCUGCUGUCUGUGCCAGUUGGUGUGAGCCAGGUGUACGGCUGCGACAGUCCUUGGAAAGGAGGUCUUAUCCUUCUGGCCCUGCUGCUCUCAUCACCAACUAUCUGUUUUCAUGCCAUGUUGGGCUCUGCUGCUGGCAUGCUGUCUGGACUUGCUCUGGCAGCUCCUCACAGGGACAUUUACUCAGGGCUGUGGGGAUAUAACAGUGCUCUAUCCUGCAUUGCCAUUGGAGGUGUCUUCUAUGUUUUAACAUGGCAAACACACCUACUGGCUCUAAUAUGUGCACUUUUCUGUGCAUACAUGACUUCAGCGAUCUCAAAAUUGAUGUCUGUGUUUGCAUUACCAGCCUGCACGUGGCCUUUCUGCUUGUCGACUCUCAUCUUCCUCCUCAUUUCCUCUGAGAUCCCAGCCAUCUGCAGACUGCCUCUGUCUGUGGUCUCCUACCCGGAGGAAAAUCGGCGCUACCAUAGACAAUUAGAAGCCUUGGAGAAAGCUCAGCACAGUCAGCAGAGCGGUGGCCAAGAAGAGGCCCCGCUGAAGGAGAAUUGAGGGCCAAAUGUCCAGUUGGUACUGAAGGAGGGUUGCAGUGAUGCUCUUUUGUCCUCAUAUUUCCCUCUAUGUGUGUCUAAUUGUAUGAAAUGUUGAAAUGGCAUGGUUGUAUACAAGUGUGGUGUGUCAUCUCUUACAUAAUGUUUGUUAUAUAAAAAUGCCUGGCAUUGUAUUGCGAAUUAUUUUCUAAAGAGCAACUAUUUUCUUCUGCACUGUGUCUCUUCUACACAGCAGAGGGCAGUGCUUUCCAAGAAAAGAUAGAGCCACUGUUUUUGCAUGAAAAUCUCACAAUACUGGGGAAUAAUACUAAGCAGAUAUGAAUACUGGAGUACUAUUUUUACCAAUUUAUUUGAGCAAUACUAUAUAUCUUAUUACAUUUUUCGCUCAGCAAGCAAAGCCUGUCAUGCAGUGGUAUUCAUAUGCCGUAGUCACAAAACAAAGAUUAACAGUUAACACUCUUUCCUCUCAACAGCACAGUUUAGUGGUUGCUGGGAGAUGAUUUAAAAUGCAGCAGUGCAUUUCAUCAGAGCAGACAGUGAGCUGUAGGGGAGAUUUCAUAAAAUGCUCCCCCAGCAAAAACACCCUCUUCUCUGCCAGGCUUAAUCCAUCACUGCCUUCUGCACGCCAAUCUGUCCUAUUGUUUUCUCUUAUCAUUUCUCUGUACCUCUUUCCACUUUUGGUUUCUCACUCUCCCUUCAUUAAACCUCUUUUUGCUUAUCUCCCUUCUUAUUCUCCUUUCCUCCGAUUCUCCCUUCUGGAAUUAACUGUCUUCAUCUCUUUUGUGGAUAACCGUUCUUCCUUUUCCUCACGAAAGAUUUUGAUCUCUGU